CCGGGACCAAAUUAUACAUCCAAUAAACCACGAAGAAUUAAGAAAAACCAAGAGAUCACUCUACAAGUAUGGAGUUAGUCUGGUAAUAAUUCAGUAAUAUAAGUAGAACAAGGAGAGUUCAUCAUAUAUUCUCGGUAUGACUUAUAUAAGGGCAAAUGAGGUGUGGUAGGUGACGAGCUGAUCCGAAAACUAUUGGAAUUUUCUCUAUCCUUUUAUUAUUUUCCAUUCGUCUUGUUCGUCUCCACCGGUAUUAAGUCCGGCGAUAUGUGAGCUUUUCUAACUAUCGAUUAAGUAGGAUUCGAAGAAAGGUGUUUAGGAUGCAAAUUUGACCCAAUCAAUCACACUCAUAAUUUACCCAUUUUUUUUAUUUAAAACACAUUUAAUAUAUAUUAUUAGAACUACAUUCAUUAUGUUUGUUAAACAAAAUAUUAACAAAAAAAUGUUUGGUCUAUACCACCCUUAAAAAGUUAUACUGGGCCAUUGCACAAACUCCUGAAACAUUUGGGGGGAGGUGAUAGAUUUAUAGUACGAGCGGGUUCGGAUUUCGACCAAAACGGGUCAAUCCCGUCUCUCUCUCUCACUCAGACACACUCACGCACACACAGAGAGAUCCACCAGGCCUUCACUUCUUCUACUCUAACAUCUUUCUCCAUUUUUUCCGAUCUCCAUUCUCAAGGAUCGAGAUCACAUCCCUUGGUCUCAAGUAUUUUGGACUCUUUAUUGGGGUUUUGGCAAUAUAUAUUCCCUCUACAUGCUAUAUCCAUAGAGCAUCCGUUCCUACCCGGAUCUCGAAAAAUCGAUGGACUCGCCGCCUUCUGUUUCACCGAGAAGGUUACCGGAAUCUCCGAUCGGAAACUCGAAGAAACCCUCGAGUUACACGUCGACAUCCUCAUUGUCUAAAUCAAUCGCCGACUCCAGCAGCCAGAGCUUCUCCUCCAUCCUCAAUAACCCUAAUCCUUCUUCCUCCUCCGUCUCGAGCUGGUGGUCAUCGUCGACAGCCGUUCCCCUACCGGAAUUCUCCCCCUUGCCCACUGCGCCCAAACCCGGAUCUGAACUAACCCGAUCGGAUUUCCUGCCUUACCUCUCCUCCGUCUCAGAAUCUCACUCUCGUUUCGUCGACAUCCUCAGACAGCACGAUAGGGAUCACCAGGGACAGGACGGUCAUUUCACCGGCGGCUCUCCGGGAGAGGCACUGGUGGCGUGCUUGAGGGAGGUUCCCGCGUUAUAUUUCAAAGAGGAUUUCCAAUUGGAGGAUGGCGCCACUUUCAGAGCUGCGUGCCCAUUCAGAACUAUGUCGGAGAACGUUGCAUUGCAGGAGAGAUUGUCUCAGUAUUUGGAUGUUGUGGAGUUGCAUUUGGUGAAGGAGAUUUCCAUGCGAUCGAGCUCGUUUUUUGAAGCUCAGGUGCAAUUGGAGGAUUUAAGUGCAAAGAUUGUCCAAGGGUGUGGAAGAGUCAGGGAGUUGAAAGAGACAAUCAGGCUUUUGGAUUCCGAUUUGGUGGGCUCGGCUAGGAGAGUGCAGGAGUUUAGCAUGAAGCGUGGGGAUUUGAUCACACUGCAGAACAAACUAAGGCUUGUGCUGUCAGUCAAUCAGGCUGUCUCCACUCUUCAAUUGCUGGUUGCAUCUGCAGAUUGUCUUGGAGCACUAGAUAUUACCGAUGACCUGCAGCAUAUAUUGGAUGGGGACGAACUGAUUGGUUUGCAUUGCUUUCGUCAUCUUCGUGACCAUGUAACAACUUCCGUAGAUUCAAUUAAUAGCAUUCUUUCAGCAGAAUUUAUUCACACAUCUUUGCGGGGUACCGAAAAUGUGGAUUUAUCAGUAGCAAUGUCUACCUUCAACUCCAAUGGCAGAUAUGAUGGAGUUAGACUGGAGGAAGAACAAACCACUAAUUUUCAAGAUCAGCUUCUCCCUCUUAUCAUUGGAUUGCUUAGAACAGGAAAAUUACCAGCUGUGUUGAGAUUAUAUCGUGAUACACUUGCUUCUGAUAUAAAGACUUCUGUGAAGACGACAGUUCUAAAUAUGCCGCUGGAAUCAAAUUCUAUGUCUGGAGAAGGGAUUGUGGAUAAUGAUGGUGGAGGCUCAUCACUAGGAACGAGGCUGAAAAGUUUAUCGACCGACAGCUUUUUGAAACUUUUGGAGGAAAUUUUCAAGAUAGUGCAGACACACUUACUGCGGGCUUCUGAGGUCAAAAGAGCAAUUGAAUGGAUUAUGGGCAAUCUCAAUGGUCAUUAUGCUGCUGCUUCAGUUGCUGCUGCCAUCGCACAUGGUGCAUCAGCUCCAGAAAUAGCACAAGAGACAGAUGGUCAUGCUAGUUCCUUUUCGCCACACUCUUCGCAAAAUGCUUCCAGACUCACCUCUAUCCAGGGAAGAGGAUAUGAUACUGCAAGCUCAAAUCUUUCAAGAAAUUUCCGAGCUGAUAUUUUAAGAGAGAAUGCAGAAGCUUUGUUUGCUGCUUGUGAUGCUGCUCAUGGAAGAUGGGCGAAAAUUGUUGGAAUCCGCUCUCAAAUUCACCCAAAACUGAAGCUGCAGGAAUUUCUGAGUGUUUAUAACAUUAGUCAGGAUUUUAUUAGUUCAACUGAGAAGAUUGGUGGAAGAUUGGGAUAUAGUAUUCGCGGAACAUUACAGUCGCAAGCUAAAUCUUUCAUUGAAUUUCAGCAUGAGUCUCGAAUGGCUAAGAUGAAGGCUUUACUUGACCAAGAAAAUUGGGCUGAGAUAGAUGUUCCAGAUGAAUUUCAGAGCAUUGUCACUUCACUGUGUUCGUCAGAAUCUGUAACUGCUGGAGAGAGCUAUGCAGCUUCUGAUGAUACAUCAAGUUCUAAUGAAGUGGUCUCAAGCAGCGAGGGUUCCUCCAUGACAGCUGCUGAUCCAACAAAUUCAUCGCAACAUAUUGGUCAGCCAGAUUCUAAUGGGGCUGUUGAUCAUAUGCCAAAUACAGAUUCAGCGCGCUUGAGUGUGGGACCUGAGAACACCAAUUCUGAUGUCAGUACUUCCUCUCACGACAACAGUGCCAGUGUGAAAGAACGUGGAAAAUCUGCCCUUCGAAUGCUUUAUAUUAGAGGUGUUGGAUAUCACAUGGUUAACUGUGGCUUAUAUUUGGUGAAGAUGAUGUCAGAGUACAUAGAUAUGAAUAAUUGUUUGCCAACUCUAUCUGCGGAAGUAGUUCAUCGCGUCGCUGAGAUCUUGAAGUUAUUCAAUUCAAGGACUGCUCAUCUUGUUCUUGGAGCGAAUGCCUUGCAGGUGUCUGGUUUGAGAUCAAUUACUGCUAGACACUUGGCUAUGGCUAGUCAGGUGAUAAGUUUCACGUAUGCGAUCUUACCUGAAAUUAGGAGAAGUCUCUUGUUCAAAGUGCCCGAGACGUAUAAAGGGCUAUUGCAGUCAGAGCUCGACCGAGUAGCAACAGAUUAUAAAAACCACCGCGAUGAGAUUCAUUCGAAGCUGGUUCAGAUAAUGAGAGAAAGAUUGUUGGUUCAUCUACGUAGUUUGCCACAAAUACUUGAGGGUUGGAAUAGAUCCGAAGACACUGAUUUACAACCUAGUCAGUUUGCUCGCUCUCUCACCAAGGAGGUUGGAUAUCUUCUGCGUACGUUAUCUAAACACCUUCAUGAAGAGGACGUGCAAGUUAUUUUUGGGCAAGUGGUUAUAAUUUUGCACUCUCAAAUUUAUGAUGCAUUCUCACGGUUGGAAAUCAGCACUCCACAAGCGAAACGCAGUCUUCUUUGCGAAGUCCAGCAUGUACUUGGAUGCAUCAGAUCGUUACCUUCUGAAAAUCCGAGUAAAUCCAGUCCUCAAAACUGGGGGCAACUUGAUGAAUUCCUGGCACAAAAUUUUGGUUCUGAAUCUGGUGAAUAGACUAUUUGUGACGAGAUUUGUGUUAUUGGAUGAAGACUUGUGUAUUCAAAGAAGAUUGUGGGUCGAGUUGGUAUCCUUGAAAUGAGUAGUGGAAGUCUGCCAGAUUCAAUUGCUGGGAGUUGUGCGAGCGUGCGUGUUUGUUACAGAAUUUAGCUUCAAUGUAUUCUUUCUUGUAGCAGGUUGUGUAUUAUUUUCUGUUUCAUUUUUGCACUGGAAAGAAUAAAAGGGAGUAAUAGUGAUGUCCGGUUUUGCCUCGGGUCUCCUUUUAUGCAAGUCUUUUGCGUUAUAAUUCAAUAUAUACUAAGAGAUGGUGUAAAUUCGCUUUCAUUUUUCAGAGGCCUGCGUUGCUCGGUAGGUAACGCAUUUACUGCCUCGACCAUUCAUUUUUCUGUAAAGUGUUUGAAAUUGGAAUAUUGUGGCAUUGUGAUGGGACAGAACAAGUUAGAUUUAAAUGUGGUUCACGGUUGUGAAUUAAAUUAGGUAUACAUGC